AUGGGGGUAUUUAUUGAAGUCUUUCAUAAUAUAAAAGUUAUGUUUGUUCAAUAUCAAAAACCUGUAUAUAAAUAUUUUUACCCUAUUAAGAUGAAGGAAAUACUUUAAGAAUUAUUCAAUCCUCCAUCUUGUUCUCAUAUCUCAAAUGACUAUAUAAAAUAAAGUGACACAUUAGAAACAUUUAGUAAUUUUGCUUUAAACAAUUAUUAAGAAUGUAAUUCCACACUUCAAGUAUUAUUUAUAUAAUUAAAUAGGCUAAAAAAUAUUCAAAUAUACAUAACAAAAAGAAAAUCAACAAAGAAUUAGAAUUAAAUAAUAAACAUAAUUGUGGUCAUUGGACACCAGAAGAACAUUAAACCUAUGUUGAAUUUUUGGAAAAACAUCACACUUCAACUAUGUAAAAUUAAUAAAAUAGAAAAAACAAUAAAAUCUUUAAAUUGAUGUCUGAAAUUAUUGGAACUCGUUCACCUUCUUAAUGCAGGUACAAUAAUGAAGAUUAUCAAACAAUAGAUCUCAUCAUUAAAAAUUCAAUCCAUACACGCCCGCUGGUUAGAAAAGAAUAAAGAAAAACAAGAAAAAAUUUAGUAUUAAUUAAUAAAUUAUAAUAUUAGAUACUGAAACUUAAAUCAAAUUGUGUAUAACCAAUUAAAUUUUACAGUAUUUCACUCCAGAUUUACGACCGAUUUAAGGUUUUUAUUAAAUUUAUCAUAGAACUUCUACCAAACAUUUAAGAUUAAGAUGAAUAAUAAGAAUACAUUUGCGAGGAAUCUUAAAGACUCAGAAUUCGAAAAUAUUCACUUGAUAAUCUUGAAGAUAGUUAUAAUUUCAAUCAUCCUCAUAUCAAUUAAUUUUUUAAUGAAUAAUGUUAUGAUUGACAAUACC